UCAAAAGUCUUCAUCAGAUGCUCUAAUUCUCCUUUAAUAUUGUUCCAUCAUCUGAGAGAGAGUGUGAUACACACACACACACACACACACACACACACACACUGUUCUUGCACUUUGUUACUCUUUGAUUGGUUGGCUUUCUUGAGACAGGGUUUCUCUGUGCAGCCUUGACUAUCCUGAAACUCUCUGUAGAUCAGGCUGGCCUUGAACUCACAGAAAUCCACCUGCCUCUGCCUUCCAAGUGCUGAGAUAAAAAGCCAUGUGCCACCAUGCCCAGCUCUGCUUUUGCUUUUGAAACAGGAUUUAUGUAGCCCAGGCUGGCCUUGAUCCCAGGGACAUUUCUGCAUCAGCCUCUUGACUGCUGAGAUUACAGGAUGAACUCCUACACCAGGCUCUGCAACAGCUCUCACGCUACACCAGUACAGUAGAUACAGUAUCAGCUACUCAGGAGGCCACCCGAACAAUAAGACGUCUUCACUCCCAUUUCAGAAACACAAAACCUAUGCAUAAAACUAAUAGUUUAUGGAAGGAAUAAGACUCAGACCAAAGGUAAAUGUUUGGCUAAUGCAUGGCAGUUUCCCUGCCCUGUGUCCGUGCGUGGAUUAGCCGGAGCCCCACCCAGAGUGCUUCAAUGUGCUUCCUGGGUCCACAGAGCCCGAACUGCACAGCCGGCUGCCAGGGGCUGGAGGCUUGGUCUGUGGGCAUGGAGCUCGGGUGCCCUGAGUUGCUGGAGCUUCCGGAAGACAUCUUCUCAGCAGGAUCGUUCCUGGAGCUGGGACUCAACUGCCCCCCACCGAAGGGCCUUGAGAAGGGUGAGCCUGAUGACUUUCUGAACCUCUUCAUUGAUCCCAAUAUGGUAUAUUGCCCAGAAACAUCUCCUGCCAGUGACAGUGGGGUCUCUGAAGACCCUAGAUCCCCUGCCCAACAGGCACCCAGUCCCCCUGCCCUCUAUGAGGUUGUCUAUGAGGCAGGGGCCCUGCAGGGCACUCAGGAGGAAGCUGGGCCGACCUUCGGACUCAUCUCCAUCCAGAUAGAUCAGUGGCGCCCGACAUUCAUGGUACCUGAUGCCUGCACAGCCAGUGCACUGCCCUCUGAUGCCCACAGACAUAUCCUGCCAAGAGCCAGCGCCGUAGCCCCAGCACCUCCUGCAGCCCUGCUCUCCUGCCAACGUCUGUUCCUGACAGAUGAAGAGAAGCAUCUGCUGGGGCAAGAAGGGGUUUCUCUGCCCUCUCACCUGCCCCUUACCAAGGCAGAGGACAGAGUACUCAAGAAGAUCCGGAGGAAAAUCCGCAACAAGCAGUCAGCUCAGGACAGCCGGCGGCGGAAGAAAGAAUACAUAGAUGGGCUGGAGAGCAGAGUGGCAGCCUGUUUUGCACAGAAUCAGGAGCUACAGAGAAAGGUUCAGGAGCUGGAGAGCCAGAACAUCUCCUUGGCGGCUCAGAUCCACCAGUUACAGAAGCUCACCGCCCAGACCUCCAGCAGGGCUGCCCAGACCAGCACCUGUGUUCUGAUUCUUCUUUUUUCGCUGGCUCUCAUCAUCCUACCCAGCUUCAGUCCCUUUCAGGGCCAAUCAGAAGCUAGGCCUGAGGGUUAUCAGCUUCACGGAGUGAUAUCCAGAAAUAUCUUGACACACAAAGACAUGACAGAAAGCCUGGAGACUCCAGUUCUGAAGUACAAACUGGAGGGGCCACCUGAACUCCCACGUGCAAAUGGCUCAACAAAGACACAGCUAACGAUGGGAACGAAGGCGAGAGCUGUUGGGCAGAGCAGGGUCAUGGUGCAUGCAGAUGAGAUGUAAGCCAAACCCAUCCAGUCUCAAGAAUCUGCUCAGGCUUCCCUGGCACUGUUUCAUCUGGAUUCCCAGUGAGGGGUCCAUAGCCCUAGAAUUCUGACUCAGGACACCAUAGGAGAUUUCUGUUUCCUAAACCAAGAUUUGCUUCUAUGGCAGGGCACCUCAAAUAGUUUUGUCAUGUAUUUGAGAUUUUCUUUGUGGGUAAGGUCAAGGGAAAACAAAUUUUGACUAGGAAAUAAACUUUCUAGCUAACAUUCUA